AGGUUGUGCGCCUCAUUUUUCACACUCUCUCAUGGGUACUUACAAAGUUGUUGGUGUAGUUUUGUUUGUGUUAUUGGGUUUAGCGAUAUGUUCAGCCGCUAGAACUAGAACCCUACUCACUUAUGAAGGUGCUGAUGGAGGACAUAGUGGUGGAGGAGGCUCAGGUGGGGGAGGUGGGGGAGGGUAUGGAGCUGUAGGAGAACAUGGUGGUGGGUAUGGAGGUGGUCAUGGGGGUGGAGAAGGUGGGGGUGGGGGAUAUGGAGCUGCUGCUGGUGGAUAUGGUGGAGGUGGAGGCAGUGGUGGUGGUGGUGGGGGAGGUAGUUAUGGUGCUGGAGGAUAUGGUGGUGGUGGUGGUGGUGGAGCUGGGUAUGGUACUGGAGGAGAACAUGGGGGUGGGUAUGCUGGUGGAGGUGGUGGAAGUGGUGGUGGACAUGGAGGUGGUUCUGGCGCUGGAGGAUAUGGUGGUGGUGGUGGUGGUGGUGAAGGUGGUGGAGCUGGGUAUGGUGCUGGAGGAGAACAUGGGGGUGGGUAUGCUGGUGGUGGUGGUGGAAGUGGUGGUGGACAUGGAGGUGGUUCUGGCGCUGGAGGAUAUGGUGGUGGUGGUGAAGGUGGUGGAGCUGGGUAUGGUGCUGGAGGAGAACAUGGGGGUGGGUAUGCUGGUGGAGGUGGUGGAAGUGGUGGUGGACAUGGAGGUGGUUAUGGAGGUGAGCAUGGGGCUGGUUAUGGUGGUGGUGGUGGUGAAGGUGGUGGAGCAGGAUAUGGAGGUGGUGGAGAACAUGGAUCAGGAUAUGGUGGUGGAGGUGGUAGUGGGGGAGGAUAUGGUGCUGGAGGAGCACACGGAGGCGGAUAUGGAGGAGGUGAAGGUGGCGGGGGAGGAUAUGGCGCUGGAGGUGCACAUGGGGGUGGCUAUGGAAGUGGUGGAGGCGGCGGUGAGGGUGGUGGCCAUGGUGGCUAUGCCCCUUGAGAAUGCCACUUCAUUGUUAUAUAAGAAAAAUGCUUCUAGCUACUUAAUUAAUUGCCUUUGUUGGGUAAAAAGAAUAUCAUAAUUAUAACUAAUAAGUGUAGUAUUAUCUAUAUAUCAUUGAGCAUAAUGGAUGAAAUCAUAUAUUAUUUGUAAUCAAUGUAUUGCUUUCAAAUAAAUAAAAUAUUAAUA